CGCGUACGGUGCAUCUCACUCGCACCUCUUCGUCAGACAGCGAACAAGCUCUUAGAUCAUCAGGACGCAGAGCAGUGUGGGAAUCGCCGCGAAAUCGAAUUGCUUGCGGCCCUCACGACGCCCAGUGUGCAGUUUCCUGGCACAGAAGCUGCUCCAACGGCCGUGCGGCUCUCAGAAGCGGUGGGCGAGGCGAGUCAACGUCCUGGAAUGAACCGAUAGGCCAAAGCUGGAGCCGCCAUAAUGUCAGCGGAUUCUAAUUCAAAGCUGGAAGCGCACCGCGUGCGUUCAGCCAUCUCGCAGCUCUCACUGGACGACUUCAAGAACAUACCGCGGAUACCGUGCGCCCGCAACUCGCUCUUGCUCGGAAUCAUGACUGCCGGCGGCGUUGUCGGCAUCAGCGCUGUCGCGCGGCGAGGGAUCCGGCGCGCGUUGAACUGGGGCGUCGGAGGCUUCUGCUUUGUCAGCCUUGCAAGUUGGGAAACGUGCAGACGGAGUAGAGCGGCGGAGAAGGCGAGAAUGAAGAUGAUCGUCGAGUCGUAUCAGCGAGGUGGCAAGGCUGCACCGUCGUCAUCAUUCACAUCGCCACAGCCGAUGCCGCUGGUUGGAGGAAGCACCGGUGCUACGUCAUGACGCGCGCCAAAGCGUGCAAAUGGCAAGCUUGUGGACGUUGUGUACCCCGACACAAAUUCUAGCCUACAAGCGUAUAUGUCUACUACAGUAUAAGAUCCAACAAGGGGAGGCGCGCUAGUGAUACAUGGGCCUGCUCCUUAACGAGGCGGUCCUGCAACGGGCAGUCCAUCAAAUGAACAUUUUGUACUACUUCAGAUAUUGAUCCCAGAAGCCUUUAGUGCC